AUGACUGUCAGAAAUAUCGCCUCCAUUUGUAAUAUGGGCACCAAUGCCUCUGCUCUGGAGAAAGACAUCGGCCCGGAGCAAUUCCCAAUCAAUGAGCACUACUUUGGAUUGGUCAACUUUGGGAACACGUGUUACUGUAACUCGGUUCUCCAGGCUCUCUACUUCUGCCGGCCUUUCCGGGAGAACGUGCUGGCCUACAAAGCCCAGCAGAAGAAGAAGGAGAACCUACUCACAUGUCUGGCCGACCUCUUCCACUCCAUCGCCACGCAGAAGAAGAAAGUGGGCGUCAUCCCGCCUAAGAAGUUCAUCUCCCGCCUACGGAAAGAGAACGAUCUGUUCGACAACUACAUGCAACAGGACGCCCACGAGUUCCUCAACUACCUGCUGAACACGGUGGCCGACAUCCUGCAGGAGGAGAAGAAGCAGGAGAAGCAGAACGGGCGCCUCAAGAACAACGGAACCGCAGAGACCGAGACGGAGAACAAGACGGAGCCCACGUGGGUUCACGACAUCUUCCAAGGCACACUGACCAACGAGACGCGCUGCCUCAACUGUGAAACGGUGAGCAGCAAAGAUGAGGAUUUUCUGGAUCUUUCUGUGGAUGUAGAGCAGAACACAUCAAUAACACACUGUCUCAGGGACUUCAGCAACACAGAGACGUUGUGCAGCGAAUACAAAUACUACUGUGAGACAUGUUGCAGCAAACAGGAAGCACAGAAGCGGAUGCGCGUGAAGAAGCUUCCUAUGAUCCUGGCCCUUCACCUGAAGAGGUUUAAGUACAUGGAGCAGCUGCACCGCUACACCAAGCUGUCCUAUCGGGUGGUUUUCCCGCUAGAACUCCGUCUGUUCAACACGUCCGGGGAUGCAGUCAACCUGGACCGCAUGUACGACCUCGUGGCUGUGGUGGUUCACUGUGGCAGUGGCCCCAAUAGAGGUCAUUACAUCACCAUAGUGAAGAGUCACGGCUUCUGGCUGCUGUUUGAUGACGACAUUGUUGAGAAAAUUGACGCCCAGGCAAUCGAGGAAUUUUACGGGCUUACUUCAGACAUCUCCAAGAACUCUGAGUCAGGAUACAUCCUCUUCUACCAGUCCAGGGAGUGACUGAUAGACAGGAUAACACCUUGUUUUUUUUGUUUGUUUUUUUACCUUCAGCCUAACAGACUCCUCCCCGUCCUGCUCCCGUU